UAGCUAGCUGGGUAAAGUUGAUAGCAUCGAGGCUAGCUAGCCAAGUUACAGCGGGUUCUCGCAAGCUGGCAUCGACAGGACGUCGUCGUCAGCCAUGGGGAUACUGUUCACCAAGCUGUGGAGGCUUUUUAACCAUCAAGAGCACAAAGUUAUUAUUGUUGGCCUGGACAAUGCCGGCAAGACCACAAUUCUUUACCAGUUUUCUAUGAACGAGGUGGUACACACCUCACCUACGAUCGGUAGUAACGUGGAGGAGAUUGUGGUCAACAACACUCAUUUCCUGAUGUGGGACAUUGGAGGCCAGGAGUCCCUUAGGUCUUCGUGGAACACAUACUACACAAACACAGAGUUUGUAAUUGUGGUGGUCGACAGCACAGACAGAGAAAGGAUCUCUGUGACAAAAGAAGAACUCUACAGAAUGUUAGCACACGAAGAUUUAAGAAAGGCGGGGCUGUUGAUCUUUGCCAACAAGCAGGAUGUGAAAGGUUGCAUGUCUGUGGCAGAGAUCUCCCAGAGCCUGCAGCUUACCUCCGUCAAAGACCACCAGUGGCACAUCCAGGCCUGCUGCGCGCUCACUGGAGAGGGGCUGUGCCAGGGCCUUGAGUGGAUGAUGUCACGGCUGCGUGUGAGAUGAUGACCUUUGACUCUGAUCAAGAGUGCGCCCUUGCUCUCUCUUUCUCUCUCUCUGCCUCCAGACAGGAGCUUGAAAAUGGGAGGAGGAUGAGGGUGAGGUCAGUGGAUGGAUGGCCCUCUCCUCUUUCCUGUGAAGCUGACGUGGGCAGACCGCUGCCAGGACGUUAAACUCUUCUGUGAUAAUUUAUUUUACAAACGACGUUUGAACUCUGAACAAAAAAAAGAACACGACCUUUUUCAGAAGGACAUUGGACAGCAAAAGACACUCAAAUUAUUUAAAUUUUAAUUUCUGCACGGUUUUCUUUUAAGAGAAACACAGAGGUCAGCAAAGGGUCUGACUUGGAACUCCUUGGACUUAUUAUACAGCUGUGUGCAAGUUCAGCCCAUGGUGGCCUUUCAGUAUUGCCAGACUGGCUGUUGCGAUUUUAAUCGCCCCCUCCCCCCUGUGUAUACAGCCCAGUAUUCUCUUUUAACGUGGUGCCUGGCGCAGAAUGUUCAAGCGAUGAUGGUUGAUGGUGACUGAAACAUGCAGAAUGGAGGGUAAAAUCACACAAUGCCCUCUGCCUUUCAGUCCCUAUGAAUAAUCGGUGAAAUAAAGGUGUUUUUAACUGUU